AUGGCGACGAGAAUCGCCUAUGCCUUCAUCCUUUUGAUCAACUCCAUCAUAUCCUGGAUUAUGCUCACACCAUGGGCUCUGAAGAAAUUACAACAUCUGACACUGGAUUAUAUGGAGAUUCGAUGCGACGGGAAGGAAUGUCACGGCUGGGUCGCAGUCCAUCGUAUUAAUUUCGCCCUCGGUCUCUUUCAUUUGAUCCUCGCUCUUUUGCUUCUCGGGGUUAAAAACUCGAAAGAUACUCGCGCCGCUCUCCAGAAUGGAUACUGGGGCCCGAAAGUCAUUCUCUGGGUGGCCUUUGUCGUCAUGUCUUUCUUUAUCCCCGAACCCUUCUUCUUUGUCUAUGGCAACUAUAUCGCAUUCUUCUGCGCAAUGCUCUUUUUGCUUUUGGGUUUGAUCCUUUUGGUGGAUCUUGCGCACUCGUGGGCAGAGCUAUGUCUGCAGAAAAUUGAAGACAGUGACUCUCGGUUAUGGCGCGGUCUGCUUAUUGGAUCCACCCUCGGCAUGUAUUUGGCAUCUUUGGUCAUGACCGUUCUGAUGUACAUCUUCUUCGCGAAAAGCGGUUGCUCUAUGAACCAGGCUGCCAUCACCAUUAACCUAGUCGUAUUUUUGAUCAUCUCUUUCGUCUCUGUUCAACCAGCAGUGCAAGAAUCAAAUUCCCGCGCAGGACUAGCUCAAGCUGCAAUGGUCACUGUCUACUGCACGUACCUCACCAUGUCUGCCGUUUCGAUGGAACCAGAUGAUAAACAGUGCAACCCCCUCGUCCGUUCCAACGGAGCAACCAGGACUGCAACGGUCGUUCUCGGUGCGAUUGUUACUAUGCUGACUAUUGCAUACACUACCACACGUGCUGCCACUCAAGGAAUUGCCCUGGGAUCGAAGGGCGGCCACGGCUACAUCCAACUUGGUGCAGAUGACAACGAACACGGAUUGGUGACCCAACAACCGAACGUCCGUCGGGAGAUGCGCGCCGAAGCUCUCCGGGCUGCUGUUGAGAGCGGCAGUCUUCCUGCCAGUGCCCUGGAUGAUAGUGAUGACGAGGAUGAGUAUGACACCACGAAAGACGACGAGCGUGGUUCAACCCAAUACAAUUACUCGCUCUUCCACAUCAUCUUCUUCCUCGCCACGACAUGGGUAGCUACUUUGUUAGUCCAGGGACUGACGGUGGAUACCACGACAGAUUUCGCACCAGUAGGCCGCACAUACUGGGCCAGCUGGGUGAAGAUCGUUAGCUCCUGGGUCUGCUAUACUAUCUAUCUGUGGACUCUGAUUGCGCCUGUUGUGCUGCCGGAGCGCUUCGGUGUUUAUUAG